CUGGGUUCAGUGGGGUAAAGGUGAGGAGCUGCUGUGGACAAAAACACGCCGACCGAGCCGGUGAAAGGAGCCGAACUCUCCGCGUUUCCGCUGUCCGUGGAUGCAGUGAGCUACCGUCAACGUUUCCCAGAGCAGGGAGUAGAAAUGGCGAACCAUUUGUCGGAGUCUCUGCCUGAGCGCACAUUUCAGUACCAAAGCAGUCUGCCGCCGCUGCCUGUCCCGUCGCUAGAGAGCAGCCUCUCUAAAUACCUGGAUUCAGUUCGUCCGUUUGCAUCUGAGAAGGAGUUUAAAGCUACUGCGGACAUUGUGAGGAAAUUCCAAGAGGGUGUCGGCAAAGAGCUGCACCAAAAGCUGCUGCAAAGAGCCAAGACAAAGAGAAACUGGCUGGAAGAAUGGUGGCUCGACACGGCGUACCUGGAGUCCCGAAGCCCCUCCCAGGUGACUAUGAACUUCGCCGGCCCGGCACCUUACCUGGAGCACUGCUGGCCACCCGCAGAGGGAACUGCCAUGCAGAGAGCCAGUGUUAGCAUAUGGCACACGCUGCAGUACUGGAACCUGAUCCGCACGGAGCGGUUGGAGCCCCAGAAAGCUGGCAAAACUGCGUUAGACAUGGACCAGUUCAGAAUGCUCUUCUGCACCUGCAAAGUUCCUGGAGUGAAGAAGGACACCAUUCGUAACUACUUCAAGACAGAGAGCGAGGGUCCGUGUCCCUCCCACGUGGUGGUGAUGUGUCGGGGACGGCUCUUCACGUUUGAUGCACUUUGUGACGGAGAAAUCCUCACCCCUCCAGAACUUCUCAGGCAGCUGAGUUACGUGAAAGAGCGGUGCGAGGCUGAACCAGAAGGAGACGGAGUGUCUGCUCUCACCACGGAGGAGAGGACUCACUGGGCGAAGGCCAGAGAACAUCUAAUAAACAUCGACCCACACAAUGAGACCAUCCUGGAGACUAUUCAGAGCAGCCUCUUCAUCAUUUCUCUGGAUGAGACAAAACCCUACCCGACUCCAGACAACUACACAAACCUGACCGCGGAGGCCCUUAAAGGAAACCCCACCAUCCGCUGGGGCGACAAGUCGUACAACUCCAUCUCGUUCUCAGACGGCACUUUUGGAUCCACUUGUGAUCAUUCCCCAUAUGACGCCAUGGUGCUGGUGUCCAUGUGCUGGUACAUCGACCAGCAGCUCAAAGCUACAGAAGGCAAAUGGAAGGGAUCGGAUGCCAUCAGAUCAAUGCCGCUUCCUGAGGAGCUGGUGUUUACUGUGGAUGAAACCAUCAGCAGUUACAUUCACCAGGCCAAGCAGCAGUACAUGAAGUCGACUCAGGACCUGCAGAUUGCGUGUUACGCCUUCACGGCGUUUGGAAAAGCAGCGAUCAAACAGAGGAAGCUGCAUCCGGACACCUUCAUUCAGCUGGCGAUGCAGUUGUCCUACUACAAAAUACACAAAAAGCCGGGAAGCUGCUAUGAGACGGCCAUGACGCGAAAGUUCUACCACGGCCGGACGGAGACGAUGCGACCCUGCACCCAAGAGGCUGUGGACUGGUGCAAAGCCAUGAUAGACCCCUCCACCGACGUGAAAGACAAGAGAAAACUGAUGCUGCAGGCCUACAAUAAACACAACAGACUGAUGGCUGAAGCUGCGGAAGCUAAAGGUUUUGACCGACAUCUUCUGGGGCUGUAUCUGAUCGCCAGAGACGAGGGACUUCCGGUUCCAGAGCUGUUCAUGGAUCCCCUCUACUCAAGGAGCGGUGGCGGCGGUAACUUUGUGCUGUCGUCCAGCCUGGUGGGCUACACCACGGUGCUGGGGGCCGUGGCUCCCAUGGUGCACCACGGCUACGGCUUCUUCUACCGCAUCAGAGACGACAGGAUUGUGAUCUCCGUCUCAGCGUGGAAUUCCUGCCACGAGACGGAUGCUGUGACGCUGUUCAAUUACUUCUCCAGCUCCCUGCAUGAGAUGCUGUACCUGGCCACCACGUCUCAGCUAUAAGUCAUCGUAGCAGAAGAGAGACAGAGAGAGGCCAGUUUAGACCUUCACCUCUCUGUCCUCGUUAGAGCCUUAACACGCUGCUCGGUUAAUAAUUAGAUCGGCACAAAUCAAUGCAACGGUGCAGAAUCUGAACCACUAGAUGAUCUCGACUGUUCGCGCAUGAAAGUAAUGGUUUUGUUUCUUGUAGUCCUGAACAAGAGUUUUUCUUUUGUUAAUUUUUCUUUCAGAUGUGUAUAUUUGUGUAUCUUAUUCGAUUUUCAAAAUUUCACAAUUCUAGUUGGGAUUUUUUUGAGACUCUAAUUUUUAGAAUAACAGUAUUAAUCCACAUUUAAGCUCAGCGCUAAGUGAAUGUCUUCCAAAGGCCUUCGUUUCAACAGUGAACAGGCAUUUUAAUGAAACCCACAGAAACACCGACACAGAAGUUCAAUCAAAUUGAUUCUCCCCGUUGAGGUUUUGGAUCAGGCCGCCUGUCCCACUGAGCUCUGCAACAACAGCAUCCAGCCUUUAAAUCUGAACUGAAAUGACGUUAAAAUCACAUGAAAGUUAAUCCUAUUGGAAUUUUUGGCUUUUUGACAUAUUAUGACACAAUGACCAAUCAAUUAGUUGUCAACUUUUAAAUUAAUUGCUGAUCAGUUAAUCGGUUUGAGUUUUUUUGUUUUUUUUUUAGGUAUAAAAAAAGUCUAAAGUCUCUCAUUCCAGCUUCAUAAAUGUUAAUAUUUUAUGGUGUCUUUCCUCCUCUGUGGCAGUAUGCUUAAGUUUUUUGUUUAUGUUUUGUUUUUUUAAACCAUUUUCUAAUGUUUUAUCAACCAAAAGCUAAUCGAUUAACCGAGAAAUUUCAAUUUUUUCACGUGAACAGACAAACAAAACAACAUGAGUUUCGUUAAUGAUGAGAUUAAUUUGACAACGAAGGACAUUGGUAGCAGAAUCUGAUUUGUUUUCUAUAUGAGUCACAACAGGCUCAAAAUCAGGGAGCUUCACUCCUUCAGAACUUUAUAAAACUAAGCGAUGCCUUGCAGUCUUUUAUUCAGCUUGGCUUGUGUUGGUUUGCUGUUCGUUGCGUUUUUCUUUAAAACCAAAACAUGAAUCGCUGCACCUUAUUAUUUCUACACACGCUGCAGUUUUCCUUGUUUUCACGUCAGUCCAGUCGAAGACAACUGAAUGUUCACUCGGCCUUAAGAAUAAGAUGGAUUUUCUUUCUCCCCUGUAUCUCACUGCUUCCGAAGCCUUACACUGAUGGGAUUGUGAGCUUUUUAUAAACAGCAGAAACGUCAAUGAUUGUACUAUUUUCAACUCACAAAUAAAGUCGAGAGACGAG